UGUAUCUUUAGAGGAGAUAGCAAUAUGACUGUAUAAUUUAUUGAUAUUCUCCUAAUUAGUGAUUAACUGACGGUUCUGAACAGGAUUGGGCUAAAUGCUCAAAUAAAAACCUGAGGUGAAGAACUAUCUUUCCCUGCAGUAGAAGUCCAUGUGAGAGGAGAGAGCUGUAUGAUACUAGGAGGACAAGACACCAAUAAUCUCAAGGGACUCACUAGCAGUUGGGUUUUCUCCUCUCCAGAGCACCAACUGAAACAGACAGAAUGAACAGAGCACGAGGACUGUGUUUCACUUUAUUACUACUACUGGGGUGUGUACAUGGGAGCAAACCUCCUCAAAGGGAAGUGGUAUUCAGUAGAGGGAUCCAACUCUUUGUUGAAGGCUGAACACACCUCUACUGGUAUGAAAGAAAGACAAGUAGAAAUGGGAUUUCAAAAUUUCACUUUCGUUUCCACACAACAGACACACCCACAAGUCUACUGAGGAACAGAUACACAAUACUAUCAGGUCAAACUGAUCCGUAGGCUCAGCUGGUUGUGGAUAAAAUCUCCAAGCAAUCUUGCUAGCAUGUCCUUCAACUUCGGGAUGGUAUCUGGAGGGUGUCCUAAUUUUUCUGCACCAGUUUUGCAUGGUGAGAAACCUUCGUCAAAACCUUUGGCAACAGACCUGUUGAGAGGGGACGGCAGACCUGACUCGAGCCUGCCAUGGGCAGAAAAGUGCAAAAGUAAGAUGGAGUCCCCAUGGAGGGAUGUUGCAUGGACUGAGGAUCGCAGGGAGACCCUGAUGGAGUCUAUCAGUUCCUAUAAGCCUGGUUCUGAGGCUUUGUCUGAGGCUCGGGUUCUGCUGGUGGGGCCUGUCGGAGCCGGCAAGUCCAGCUUCAUCAGCUCUGUUCAGUCAGUCUUCACAGGAAGAUUCACUAACCGGGCCAUGGUUGGCUCUUCCUCUGCCAGCUUCACCAAAAAGGUAGAGCUCCAGUUGUUCAACAUCCGUGGGCGGAGUCCAGAGCAGCCUACUGCGCUGGUCCUGUGUGAUGUCAUGGGUCUGGGAGAUGGGGAGACCACUGGACUAACCCUCCAUGACACUCUGGCUAUCAUCAAAGGCCAUGCACCCGAGGGACACAAGUUCAGUCCUGAGCAGCCUGUGAGAUCAGAGACUGUGGGCUAUGUGAAGAAGCCGUCCCUUAAAGACAAGGUCCACUGUGUCGUCUUUGUGGUGGAUGCUUCUAAAGUGUCCAGCUACACCAAAGGCCUGGGCACCACCUUCCAACAGCUCCGAGAACACAUCAGUGACCUGGGUGUGCAUCAAGUGGCACUGCUGACACACGUGGACAAGGUGUGUCAGGAAACUGCCCGUGACAUCACCCAGGUGUACAACAGUCGGAUCGUUCAGCAGACGAUGACCAAGGCUGGGGCUCUGCUUGGCAUGUCCACCUCCUACAUCGUCCCGGUGAAGAACUACUCGUCUGAGCUGGACGUUGAUGAGAACACAGACAUCCUUCUGCUCAGUGCUGUGGACCACAUCCUGCAAUACGUGGAUCUGUACUUCCAGGACUGUGCAGCAACAUACCCUAAACUGUCUCUUUAAAAAGGCUGUGAAAUGCUAUUUAAAAUAAAAAUGCAUUACAUAUGUU